AUGUCGUCCUCUAACAGCGAAGUUCACAAUGCCUACGAUGACAAGCCCGAGAAGCUCGGUGGGCCCAUGAUAUCCACCAUCUCUCGCGAAGAUCGACGCACUCCCGAUGAGCGCGGCUCCCUCAAUGACGGGUUUCCUUCCGACGUCGACGAAAAGAAGCUUUUGAGGAAGAUUGAUUUCUACCUGAUCCCUUGGCUAUCGGUGCUGUAUCUACUCAGUUUUUUGGAUAGAUCAGCCAUAGGUAACGCUCGUUUGUACGGCCUCGAGAAGGAGCUCAACCUGACAAGUCAGCAAUACAACAUUGUCCUUACGGUUUUCUUCUUGCCCUACGGCCUUUUCGAGGUCCCUUCCAACGUCUUGCUCAAGCGUCUUCGUCCUUCGAUAUGGUUCCCGACUAUUACUAUCUUGGUUGGAAUCUGCAUGAUUUCUCAAGGAUUGGUCAAGAACUACCAUGGAUUGCUCGUUGCUCGUUUUUUCCUCGGUGUUACUGAAGCGGGCCUAUUCCCCGGUGCUAACUAUCUUCUAAGUGGGUGGUACAAACGUAGCGAAUUUGGCCUACGCGCAUCCGUCUUCUUCUCUGCUGCCACCAUAUCUGGAGCCUUCGGCGGCCUCCUCUCCUUCGCUAUCAACAAGAUGGAUGGUAUUGGCAACUACGGCGGAUGGCGCUGGAUUUUCAUUAUUAUCGGAUUAGCUACGUUUAUUUCUGGCGUCUUGAGCUUCUGGCUUUGCGUGGACUUCCCAGACACAGCUAGCUUCUUGUCCGAUUCGGAGCGAAGGGCGGUCAUCUACCGUUUGCAGCAAGACCAGCAAUUCUCAGCCGCUGGGGAGGGCUUCAAGUGGGCUAACGUCUGGAAAACCUUCCUUCAGUGGCAGACUUGGUGUGGAAUGGGAGCCUACAUCGGUUGUGUGGCCCCCCUCUAUGCCUUCUCCCUCUUCACUCCCACCAUUGUCAAGUCCCUCAAUCCCAGCUACACGAGCAACGUGGCCAACUUGAUCUCAGUCCCAGUCUACGUUGUGGCCUGUCUCUUCACCGUUGUUGUUGGCUUCCUUGCUGACCGUACGGCUCGCAGGUCCCUCUACUCCAUCGGUCUCUCCCUACUUGGAGUCAUUGGCUAUAUCGUCCUUAUUGCCAACAACCCUGCUGGAAAGCCCGGCGUGUCCUACUUUGGCGUAUACCUCGCAGCUCUGGGUAUCUAUCCCAUGAUUCCCAACACUAUUGCCAUUGUAGCCGGCAACAGCGAGGGUGCAUACGUACGAUCCGUCGUCACGGGUGUCGUCAUUUCCUUCGGUAACUUGAACGGUGCCGUUUCAUCCAACAUUUACCCUAGCCGUACCUCGCCCAGGUUCUUCCUCGGUCACUCAGUCGUACUGGCCUACAUCGUUAUCGGAAUUAUCUGCAACGCCAUCUUCUUCUUUGGUCUGCAAUGGGAGAACCGUAAGCGAGAAGCUGGAUUGCGGGACGAGACUAUUCUGGCUAAUGACCCAGCUAUGUUGGCUUCAGGUAAGGAUCUGCAGGCUGAGGCCGAACGAAUUAGGGCGGAGGAGAUCAAGCAGGGCGGUGCUAUCGGUGGUCUUUUCCGUCGUUUGCAUGUUGGCGGUGGUGGUACGUACGCUACUGUGGAGGAGGCUAAGGCGCUUAAGGGCGACCAGUACAGUGGGUUCCGUUACCGUUCCUAA